GGACAGGUUAUCAUCCAUCACUCAUCAUCAGAGGGAAAGGGUUCUUCUUGGAGCUGGAGCCUCGUUGGGAAGCAGGAGAGUGAAGCAACUGGCAACUCAGGACUAAAUCUUAGAACCAGUACAGAACAUCCUCAGUAGCUCAGUUUCAGGAUUUCACAGAUACAGAGAUUAGACAGAAUUGUCUCUUCAAAGAACCAACUUCUCACCACUGGCAGCUUGUUAUAUUUUCUGACCAAAAAGAACUUGGAACACUUCUCCCUUUGUGAGCCUAAAGAAGAUGGCUGAGAAACAAAUUAGUUUGCCUGCUAAACUCAUCAAUGGAGGAGUUGCAGGGAUUGUUGGAGUUACUUGUAUAUUUCCAAUUGAUCUGGUUAAAACCAGGUUACAGAAUCAAAGAGGUAGACACCAAGUUUACAAAAACAUGUUUGACUGUCUAAUCAAAACGUUACGUUCAGAAGGCUGUCUUGGUAUGUAUAGAGGUGCAGCAGUAAAUCUGACCCUUGUAACACCAGAGAAGGCUAUCAAACUGGCUGCUAAUGACUAUUUUAGGCACCUUCUUGCCAAGGAAGGUGUAGCACUGUCAUUAUCAAAGGAGAUGAUGGCAGGUUGUGGUGCUGGAAUUUGCCAGGUUAUUAUCACCACUCCUAUGGAAAUGCUGAAAAUCCAGUUACAAGAUGCUGGGAGGCUAGCAUCUCAGCAGCUUGUGAGCAGGGUUCCUUGUUCUGCACCUGGAUGCAAGCUUGUAUAUGUCAGCUCUGUUCAAACUAGAGCCUACAAUGUAGGACCUGUGGUGCUUCCAAGGAGGAUAUCAGCUACCCAGAUAGCCACUGAACUUCUGCACACCCAGGGUAUUAAAGGACUCUAUAAGGGUCUUGGAGCCACUUUGCUGAGGGAUGUCCCAUUCUCUGUCAUCUAUUUCCCACUGUUUGCCCAUCUGAACAAAGCAGAACAGGAUUCUACGGAGCAGAGAUCACCUUUCUUUCGUUCUUUUCUUGCUGGUUGCAUGGCUGGCUCAGUGGCAGCUGUGUCCGUCAAUCCUUGUGAUGUUAUAAAGACUCGCCUUCAGUCAAUGGGAAGAAAUGAGGAAAGCUAUAAGGGCAUUAUUGAUUGUGCAAGGAAGAUAUGGAUAAAGGAGGGUCCCUCAGCUUUUCUGAAGGGGGCUGGUUGCAGAGCACUAGUCAUUGCACCUCUUUUUGGUAUAGCCCAGGUUAUUUACUUUAUUGGCGUUGGAGAAUUUCUUAUUGAUCUAUGCCAAUACAGAAGACUUUCACCAUAGACUUAUUUUCAUUCAUUGGAUCUCCUUGAAUAGCUCCACAAGAAUGACCAGUUACAACCAGAAGAAAACUAUGGCAGCUCAGAUUGAUUUACAAGCAUUUUUUUUCCUCAGAAAUUUGGACACAAAGCUAAAACUGCUAUGCCUGUGUUGCCAGAUUUUGCAGGCUACAUGCCUAGGCUAGACAGUUUUCUAGCAAUAGCAUUUGUUCCUCUUUUCUUGGGAUUUUAGUCAAAGUUGUGAUAUAAGGGCAGAUAUUUGUAAAUGUAAAGUAGAACCAUGUCUUCCAGCUUUGGCGCUGAAAGACUGAUGCCUCUGAGCAUGAAAUAUCAGUGGCUUCUUAUUGAGCCUAGCCAUGAGGGUGAGUGGGGAUUUUUUAUUUAUUUAUAAAUGGAGCAAGAAGAAAAAUGCUGACCAGUUUUUUUGGGCCAAAUCUUUUGGAAUCGUUGAGAAACAAACUGGACAGUUGUGACUGGGGUUCUACAAAUGCAAUCAGUCCAUCCUGCUUGCAGUCUUUUCAGCUAUAUUAUAUAGCUAAUAAUAUACUAUAAUAUUAUUGAAUAAAAUUAUCUGUGCUGUUUUACUUACCAAAGGUAAACAAGGGAACAAGCUUUGUAAUUUUUAUACAUAUAUUUUUAUGACUUUAUGUAGUGUAAAGAAUUUGGUUCCUGUGGUGACUGCUAAACACAGAGCAACAUAAAACAACACAUAUAUUAUAUGCAAAGACAACUAGGUAGCCACUCCAAAAGUUUUGCAUAUGCAAAGUUCAGAUAUAAAGAGCUACCAGUCCAAAGAUUCUCAGAUGUUCUUCAGAACAUAUUAUACAGUAGUUCUGCUGAGAGUUGAAAGGUGUAUCUUGCUGUUUAACACUAUGUGUUAUUCAGCCACACUGCUAAGCAGUUUUUCUUUUCUUUCUUUCUUUUUUUUUUCUUUUUUUGGCUAUUGUACCUAAGUUUUAUUAUAGCUUUUACUGUUCAUAAUGAACUAUAGAAUUUUCUGUUACUGGACUCAUCUGAGAGGCUGUCUUCAACUAUAGACAUGAUAUUUUGUGAAAAAUUUUAAGCUGGUUUUGGAGGACAUCUUAAAUUGUUCACACUUCUGUCCUUACCCUGCCACAA